AAAAAAAAAAAAAAAAAGAAAGAGGACCCCCUUUCUGUUUCUUCAUAUUCAACGAACCUCGACCUUCCAAGAGAACAGAACAACAAGAACUGGACCGGACUAAAAUCAAGAGCAACGAAACCAGUUUCCAGGAGGACUCUUCCCAUUCCAUUACUUUUUCCACUCACUUUAACACCACCGCCACCAACAACAACGGCAGCAACAGAAAACCAGCUAUGAGCAGCAACACCCAGCUCUUGUCGAGCGGUUCAGAAAUCUAUGCCAAGAAGCGAAAGGCGCGCCAGGACCAGGUUGCGGAAGUGACAUUCGAUCCUGAAGCUAGAAAGUACGCCCCAUAUUCCCGCUUCCUGGCUUCGCCCUGUCGUGUGGGAAAGUGAUUGUAGUUUGUUUGUUUGUUUUUUACUUAUAGGAAAUCCGGUUUUACUCAAUGACUAUGGCAUCGUUUAGGGAAUAUCUGACAGGAUUUCAUAAGCGCAAAGUCCAUCGCCAAAACGUUGCCCGUGAACUCGCCAAGAAGAAGGAGCAUGAGGAGAAACUCGAAGCCCGUAAAGAGGCGAGAGCGGCAAAGAAGGAGAUGCAGGAAGAAAAGAUUCAGGAAUACGAAAAGUACAGGCGACAGCUGAAGAUAAAAUACGGAGAGCCACUCAGCGACGAAGAUGAAGAUGCUACAACCGUAUUUUCAGAUGACGAUGAUAAUGAUGAUAAGACUAAGGAGCCAAAGCAGAAAAAAUUCAAGACUCCAACCUCUCUCACCACCGUCACUGUCAUUGAAGACAUGGACCAGGACGACGGCUUAUUCGGUCUUCCCAAGAAUAAUACCGCAACCAUGGAGAAGUCAAAUAAGAAGAGCAGCAGCAAUGGUGAAGAAGAAGAUAAUAAUCAGGACGAAGAGAACGAGGAGAAAGGUGAGGGUGAAAGCGAUAAGAAGAAGCAACGGAUCGGAUCUUCAUCCGCAACGACCGCCAAGGGCGCCAAGAGGACUCAGCCUGAGAAGGAAAAGAAGAAGAAGUUUCGAUAUGAAGGAAAGAUGCAGCGCAAGGUCACAGCGUUCAAGGAUAAACAGCGCGCCAAUAGACCACCCGGCGGACGGGAGGAGCGCGGUGGAAAAGGUGGACGGGAGGAGCGCGGUGGAAAAGGUGGACGGGAGGAGCGCGGUGGAAGAGGUGGACGAGGAGGACGCGGCGGGGGAGGACGUGGACGUGGUCGUCGGUAAAUCAGGACAUACCCUCACUCUGCAUUUUUUUUCUUUCACUCUUC